AGGGUGACGGAGCGCGGGCGAAGGGGAGGGGUGUUUUGGUUCCAGCCGCUCGCCGUCCUUUCCAGACUCCGUCGUCGUAAAGCUUCGGGUUCCUGCCUCCCCUUCCCCUUUCCCUUCCCUUUCCCGGCCCCAGUCCUCCUUCCCUCCUUCCCUUCUGCUUACCUUCCUUAUUUUCUACUGCCGCCCGGGGUCCGGGUCAUUUUCCGGGCCGAGCGCGCUAAGGUGCGCGGCCCCGGGGCCCAGUAUAUGACCCGCCUUCUUGCUCCCCCACGCUUCCCCCGCCCCAUGUGGCUGCGGGGCCGCCGCGGCGCUGCCCACUAUGGCCCGGAAAGCAGUUAGCAGGAAGCGGAAAGCGCCCGCCUCGCCGGGAGCUGGGAGCGACGCUCAGGGCCCACAGUUUGGCUGGGAUCAUUCACUGCACAAAAGGAAAAGACUCCCCCCAGUGAAGAGAUCCUUAGUGUACUACCUGAAGAACCGAGAAGUCAGGCUACAGAAUGAAACCAACUACUCUCGAGUGUUGCAUGGUUAUGCAGCACAGCAACUUCCCAGUCUCCUGAAGGAAAGAGAGUUUCACCUUGGGACCCUCAAUAAAGUGUUUGCAUCUCAGUGGCUAAAUCAUAGGCAAGUGGUGUGUGGCACAAAAUGCAACACGCUGUUUGUAGUGGAUGUCCAGACAAGCCAGAUCACCAAGAUUCCCAUUUUGAAGGACCGAGAGCCUGGAGGUGUGACACAGCAGGGCUGUGGUAUCCAUGCUAUUGAGCUGAAUCCCUCUAGAACACUGUUAGCCACUGGAGGAGACAACCCCAACAGUCUUGCCAUCUACCGGCUGCCUACACUAGAUCCUGUGUGUGUGGGAGAUGAUGGACACAAGGACUGGAUUUUUUCCAUUGCAUGGAUCAGUGACACUAUGGCAGUGUCUGGCUCCCGUGAUGGUUCUAUGGGACUCUGGGAGGUGACAGACGAUGUGUUGACCAAAAGUGAUGCAAGGCACAAUGUGUCACGGGUCCCUGUAUAUGCUCACAUCACUCACAAGGCUUUAAAGGACAUCCCCAAGGAGGACACAAAUCCUGAUAACUGCAAGGUCCGGGCUCUGGCCUUCAACAACAAGAACAAGGAAUUGGGAGCAGUGUCUCUGGAUGGCUACUUUCAUCUCUGGAAGGCUGAAAAUACACUGUCUAAGCUCCUCUCCACCAAACUGCCAUAUUGCCGUGAGAAUGUGUGCCUGGCUUAUGGUAGUGAAUGGUCAGUGUACGCAGUGGGCUCCCAAGCUCAUGUCUCCUUCUUGGAUCCACGGCAGCCAUCGUACAACGUCAAGUCCGUCUGCUCCAGGGAGCGAGGCAGUGGGAUCCGGUCAGUGAGCUUCUAUGAGCACAUCAUCACUGUGGGCACAGGGCAGGGCUCCCUGCUGUUCUAUGACAUCCGAGCUCAGAGAUUCCUGGAAGAGAGGCUCUCAGCUUGUUAUGGGUCCAAGCCCAGGCUAGCAGGGGAGAAUCUGAAACUAACCACUGGCAAAGGCUGGCUGAAUCAUGAUGAAACCUGGAGGAAUUACUUUUCGGACAUUGAUUUCUUCCCUAAUGCUGUUUACACCCACUGCUACGACUCGUCCGGGACGAAACUCUUUGUGGCAGGAGGUCCCCUCCCUUCAGGGCUCCAUGGAAACUAUGCUGGGCUCUGGAGUUAAUGACAACUAACUCUCUUCCAAAAUGCAGAGAUUUACACUAACUUCCAUCCUCAGUUUCCAUUUCUUCUUUUGAUUUUUCUCCAGUUGUGCGAGGCCCUCAUAUUUUAGUGGGAACAGCGGAGUUUGCCUAUAGUUGAGGCACUUGACAGAAAGAAGCUCUGUAUGGAAAUCUAGAGUCUUUUGAUUCUUUCCUUUUUUCCAUUUUUGGUAAUCAGAAUUUCAUUUUACUGUCUUUUCUUUCUGCUUUUCAACCAAACGUUGUUAAUUCCUGUUUGUAUUUUUUCUUUAAGUGACACACACUGUCCCCUCUCUGGCUUCUUUAGGCUGACGUAGUCAUUCUUAAUUCUCACCCUUACUUCACUCUUCAGAGGUAGGGCUUCUUUAUAAUUAUAUGGUUGCUGUCAGACUUUCUGUGAAAGUUUGGGGGCUGUGUGUGUGUGUUUGUGUGUGAGUGUGAGAGAGAGAACUUGUGUGCCUGCAAGUACAGUGUGUCACUGAAAUUACCUGGAGUGAGGAUUACUGUAAUUAAAAUAUUUAUAAAAGAAACAACUUUAUUCACAGAGACCAGCUUUAGGACUAGUCUUUAUCUUGUUUUAUACAGUCUAACAACACUUAUUAUAGGAAGUAAAAACAGAAAGGAAAACCCUUUGAGUUAGAUUGCAAGUCCUGGGGACUCUGAUACCAGGUCUCCAAAGUAAUCCAUCUCCCACCUGCCUUCCCAUCAGUGUGUCCCCCAGUUGAGAACAUUUCUGUGUCUGUGUCACUUCCAUUUCAGUUUCCCAUCUGCUUAAGUCAGUUGCCACUCCCCUAAAACAUCAGGGUCUCCAUCCAAGAUGCAGCUCUGGAGGCUGCAGAAGGGUUAGUAGGACUUGGUAAAAAGAACCUCCAUCCCAGCCCCCCUCUCCUUCCUCUCAAACAAGACCUGAUCUGAUUUCUCAGGGGCCUGGAGCUGGGACUCUCAAGUAUGCUAAAAUUCACAUACUCGGUCCUCUUGGCUUUGGGGAGAAACUUCUUUGCCUUUCUUCAAAUCUCCUCAGUGAAUUUUUGCUUUUCUUAUUCAAAACUAGGUUCAGUCCUGGAGGGUGGGAAUGAGCAGGGCAUUUAUCUCUGUGUAGCAAGUGCUUCAUGUGUGGAACAUUUGUUUUCUUAAUACAGUGGGGCUGGGGUUGAAGCUACUACCCACCCCCCAACUCUGUUGGCUUAGCCCAGGCUGGUGAUGGGGUGGCCUACAGCCAGUGACGUUGUGCAUGUAAAAGCAUUGAUGUGAUUAGUAAUUUGUUCCUCCCUUGAACUGUCUCUUUAGUCUGAGGUUUUUAGACUUCCAGGCAACUGACUGACCGUGAUGUCCAGUUAUUCCUUGCUUGUUAUGCAUCAUGUUGCAGAACAGCUGUUACCACCCACAGAUUCCUCCUCCAUUCUAAGCGCAUACUCUGCUUCUGUCAGCAGCCCAUUCUGGGGAAAGGAAGUCAUAUUCCUGCACUCCAGUUUUGAAGUUGCUCUCCCACUUAUCCUCUUGGGUGGAAGUGAGGAGUUUGAAAAAAAGAGUGUGUUCUCCUUGGUGAUGGGGGCUGGUGCCAGAGGGUAGGAGGGGCAGCAAGUCCACUAUGUCUUGGUGGUACAAGACAUACACACAGAUUCUAGAACUCUCAUCUUCUAAGCUAGCGACACAUAGGUGCUAUCAACAGGGAAUUAAGCAAAAUGCUGGAUGCUACAGACCUUUUAAUUGUCUUAAUUUUUUUCUAUUAUUAAACUACAAAGCUGUAGGUUUCUUAGUUCUCAGAGAACUUCUCUCGUUUUUAAACCGACUUGUAUAUUAAAAAAAAAAAAUCUUAAGUAGGAUGUUUUAUACUUUUGCCAGACCCUCUUCUGUGAUGGGUAAUGCGUUUGAUUGUUUGAGAUUUUGUUUUUAAAAAUGUAGCACUUGACUUUUUGCCAAGUAAAAAAAUAAACAAAUAUUAUUCCAG